CGAUUUCAUCCACUCAGAAGCGUUCCAGAGGCCUUGCUAUCGGGCGUUUUUAUGAGCGUUUGUUCAAUCGUCUCUGCGGGCACUUCACUUUUUCUGGUGUAUUUGCUGAAAAGUGGGGAAACUGCGCCGAAAAUUUUGGAAAGUUUUUUCCUGGCGUUCGCUUGUGCGGUGAUGACUUGUGAUAGUUUUGGUCAUCUCGUUCCACAGGUUAUGAACGCUGGAGGAAACAGCUUGGUUUAUUUCGCACUCGGCGUGGCGCUUACUUUUGGGAUCAAUAAAGGUGUUGAUUUACUUCACGAAAAACAGCACAAAAAUCACACCGGAAGAAAAAGAGAUGAAAUCAAAAAUUUCGGCAUCGCCAACUUACUCAUCGAACUUGUUCAUAACUUCGUUGAUGGUCUUUCUCUUGGGAUGGCGUACCUUAGUUCAAACAUCGCAAGUGGUCGGACGGUGACCAUCGCAGUUGCAGCUCACGAAAUUCCUCAGGAGCUUUCUGAUGGACUACUACUCUUAGCUGCUGGUCUACAACCGCGCAGAUUGCUCUGGUUGAAUUUCCUGGUAUCGCUAACUUGCCCUUUGGGCGUAGUGAUGGCGUUCUUCUUGCAAACUGCGUUGGCUCGUAAAGCUUACGCGGCGACAGCCGCGUUGGCUGCGGGAAGCUUUACGACCUUCGCCGUUUUCAUCUUGGGGGAGCAACUUUUUUCUACAACUUGGAAACUUCUAACGACGGGUCACUCGACAGGGCCGCUGCAUUUCCUGAAAACGAUCGGACCUGUUGUGAUAGCAGCUUGGCUCGGCGUGGCGCUGGUUCAUUCUGUCCAUGAGGCUGCUGAGGGACAGUUGGCGAGUGAUGGUGAUUCGUUCAGCGUCGUUACUGCUUUACAAGCCUUCUUUCAGCCUACUGUUUAUGUUCACGACGAAAUGUAA